AUGUACAAUAUCGAAACUUUAUUAGCCUCUCUUCAAUUAAUAUUAGUUGAAUGUCAAAAUUGCAAAUACACGACCCUACACUAUACUGAUUAUCUACACCUUCUUCAAGAGCUGAAGGAGCAUAUUAUUGAAUUGCGGCAAUCCCCUCAGAAAGGCCAGACAGUAAUCCAGAAUGAGCUUCUGGUACGUGUCGUUGCUGUUGCCAUUAAACAUGCUAUUUCAGGCGCGCUGCCAUGGAUUGUAGUACUUACGUGGUUAGAUCUCUUAGAGAACCUAUUAGAGUAUGUACAGGGGGAUAUCCGUAUCAGUAACCUUGUGCCCGGGCUGUGGAAUACAAUUAUAAAGCAUUCUAGGGAUAACAGCGGUGUCACUUCUACAGCACUUUGUGCUGAGCUACGAAUAAUGCAGCUGUUGUUAAAAUAUGCCCCAGUAGUGAUGAAGGGAGCCUCACGAAAGCACUUGCCUCACCCGGUAAAGAAUAAAUCUGUUGCGAUACGAGUGUGUGGGUUUAUCUGUAUGCCAUGGGUCGUGGCGAAUCUCCCAUCCUCAGCACUCAGUCAAGAGUUUCUCAGGUAUAUACAGAGAGGCCUAACAAGUGGUAUAUGGCCAGUGCAAGAAGCAGCUAUGGAGGCUGUACGAACUAUUAUGGAGUUAGGUGUAGACAUCGACGCCACUAUGGGGAACCAGCUGAUAGAGUUCCUUGCUACCACGUGCAAUGGGGCCCCUUUUGCUUCUCUAAAGUCUCAAGAAGACGCAGGGAUCGCGUUAGGGUAUCUUUUACUGCUCAGUCAAUGUGGCUUCAGGCAUCGAAAAGUAACCCCAACGGUUUCAUGGGAUAAGGAGCUCUCGUGGAGUUGGCUGGGAGGCCCAACCCCUGAUGAAGCGCAUCGCGUUACGCGCUGGCUUUUCCAUUCUCACAUGUCGCGCGCGAUGCAGCAAGUCCUCUCGAUCGCCAUUUCCGUUUUUUUUCGUAUUGGGUGUAGUAAUACCACUAUGAGUGAAGCACUGCGCUCUGCUUUUGUACUCCUUGUUUCCGUACCAGGGGAUUCGCGUACUUACAUGCCCCUAUUGCUCGCGAAUGCCCUGAAGAACUGGGCAUUGCAGUUGCCAACCCACAGCCACCGUCUGGCUUUGGUGAACUGCGUACGCACAUAUGUACGGAGCAUUAACGAGGAUAAAUCGGUGGUGCGCACGGCUGUCAUUGCAUUGGAUGCAAUCGUGCCGAUCCUUGCUUCAUCACGAGAAUUGAACGUCGGCCUUGAGAAAGAUUUACUUCUUGCAUUAGAGACCUACCCAUCUCUCCUCGACCACGUGAGCAACAUUCUAGGCGUCAUGGGGACGCAAAUCCCUGACUCGUUUUCUCAGUACAGGUUGCUGCACAGUUUUGUUCGGUCAGGCCAGUACAUUUCGUAUACCAAAAGUGGUGAGCUCUCAUACGACUUUGUUCUAUGGACUAAGGCAGUGCUUGUUGCCCUUCGGGAAAGUAAGGCCGAUGGCGAGGCCUCAGUCGCCAUGAUAGGGCCUAUCCUUACAGUGGUUUUUCAACUAAGUUAUACUGAGCUUACAUCCAUGCCUUUAGAAAAUGAUAAAUUUAAGAGAGCUGAGCUCUUUUUUAUGUUAGCAAAAGCGUUCCUUGAGUGCUAUUGCCAGUAUGUUUCUCGCUUUGUAAAGGCGCAGCUGGAGUUAGCCGUGAAACGCCUCAUGUUCUUUUUAGUCAACGCUCCUUCCAAGUCCUCCGUGUACUGCCGUGCAGCCUGCGCGGCAUGCAGCCUGCUUGCAAGCAGCAGUUUUUGCGACCUACCCACAGAUAUGCAACGUAUGCUAUGUAUUGGAUUGCUGGAAAUCCAGCUAGUAGAGACAUCCUUACCUGAGCAUGAGUCGUAUAACCCAUCGAAAACUGACAGUAAUCUUUUCCAGAGGGAUAUACUCAAGCUGAAAGGGGAAGUCUACAAUGUCAUUGCCAAGGGUCCAUGGCAGCCGUGUCCGGAUGAGGGAAGCGUUCGGUGGCUCGUAACCAAAGCACUCAACGACUUUGAGAAAGCGUGCAAGGAUAGUGUGCCGGUGUGGUUAGAGGACAAUAAACUUUUCCCUUCUGCGGCAGCCUCAUAUUUGCGAAACACUCGUUGCAUUCUUCCAACAAGUGUAAGCAUGACUUAUGCCAAAGAUUUUGAGCGAGCAGUGGUUCUAAUUGGUUGGGGCUUCCAUCAUUUCGCAUCUGUCAACACAACAGAAGGUCGUAGCUUCUGUUGUGAGAUUCUAGAGCGCCUACAGGCGAUUGCAUCGACGCAAAUAAAUAUUAACAUAUUUUAUGCGUCACACUCCACCUCCUCCAGGAGUAGUAAUCGGACAAACCAUGGGUUUGCAGAUGCUGAUACUAUCACCAUAUGGAACCUUUUGGUGUGUUGGAUCACGGUAUUUGACAAUACCUUAGGGAAAGGCGUGGAAUCGUCUUUAUCUGAUCUCUUUCGUACAAAUUGGACCACAGACUUUUUGUCAAGCUUACAGGAAAUUGAAAGAUUCAGCAGCAGGUGUAUUGAUUCAAAUAUUUUCGACUUAAAAGUGCUUGCAUGUAAGGUCCUCGGAUUCACGUGGUGUCUGUUGGAACAAACUGAUUCUAUCAUCGCCAAAAUGACCCAAGAAGAUUUUCCCAGCACCGACAAGAUAUUAGCCAUGGUGGAGAUGCACGCCUAUUGUACUCUCACAGGUAAAUCCACAUCAACGCUGCCGAUGAUUAUUAUGCUUGCGAGCGUGUUACCCCAACAUCAUUCUUUACCAAAUGAUCCGUGCACGAUCUCUGAACUUACUAUUCUCAUCAUCUUCAUUCGUCUUGCUGAGGUUUGCCAUUUGGAAAGUGCGGAGCGACUACUAGAGGCUUUAGGCAACUGCUUUCUUGCACCUAUGCCUCCCUCUAUUGACCCCUUGGUGCUUUCUCUCAGCCUUGUCUUCUUUUCACUGUUAUCUCAUGAGGCUGAUACUUUCAAACAGGAUGGGAUGUCAAACUUUAUUACUGCUUGUAUGAAACACGCUGUGACAUUAAAACGACCACCAUAUCAAAUGGAUGAAAUCCAAGAUGGCGCUAACAUUAGUCUUGUAGGAAGCAUGCUACACCAUUAUCAAACUUCAAUGUCACCUUCAAAUCCAAACAAAGUUGAUAUGUAUGAUGUGGUUUCAGAGCGAUUGUGGAAAUUGAUAUACAAUAAUAGCUUUUACAAUAGCAAUAAUCCUAACGAGGCGACUUCUUUUCGGAGUUUUCCCGUUAGAAGAGCUGUAGUGGUGCGCCAUCUCUCCGAUCAUUUUUUACGACACUCGGCUCAACUUUGGGUCCAAUACCAUGCAGAGAUGUUUACAGGAGAUGUUCAGAUUCAGAUGAAUUUAUUAGAUGUAGCGCGGCUAGUGGAUGCUACUUCAACGAAAGAAACUCGAAAAGUUUGGCUCAAAGUGGGCCAAAUCAUAUUUCAACAUCAAAUGGACACCACCAACACUCAAAAGUUAUCAGUUUGUCUGCGACUCAUUCAAGAAAUUCGAGAGUUGAUGUUAGCGCGUUCACCUAAUUAUACCACAGACACUCCUCAGUCAGUUAGGGGGACAUUUACUGUGAAAUCGCACAGCCAUCGUGACAAGAUCGACGGUUCUGAUGAUUAUGAAGGUGAACUGAGCUUUUUGGGAACGGAUACAUUGAAAGACGACCGAGUGAAGAGAUCCAAUAAAAUAACCAACAAUGAAACCGGAAUAAUGCGGCGAAACCCUGGUGAUACAAUGAGUGAUUUACCUGCUAAGGAAUUCGCAUUACUUAUGCUUGCUUGCUUACUCCCACAGCUUCCGACGACCGCCGUGGAGGUGCAUCACGCUUAUCUGAAUCUCGUAACAAAAUCAGGCUUUUUGGUGGAAACAAUUCCAGAUCUUUUGGGAUAUGCUACUGACUUGCUUAUAGAUGUCCUAACUUACUACAAUGACAGCUAUGGGGUAGAUCCUGAGACUAAGCAAUCAUUUAUAAUUGAACAUAAAAUUCCAUUGCUUUCGUGUGUAAAAACGCUCAUACGACUUUCUGUAUUUCGAGUGGCGAGGGGGUGUGAACUAGCAAGAGUUUUUCUUCAUAGCAAGCUCGCCGAUGGUGCUAGUGUACUGCGUAUUGUUCAAAGCUUGUCGCUGCUUUUGACCACAUUGGACUCUUUAAAUAAUGACGACAGUACCCUCAAUAACAUACAAAGCCACAACGACGAGGUGGCUAUGGAAGAGUACAGCUUUAUCUUUCCAAGUCGGGCGUCUGGGCUUGUGACGUUAGAGCUGUCCCGAAUCGCGGACUACGCGGAGUCUCGUGGCUGGACGGAAGCGGCCUGUGACGCUAUGCGCAGCCUUUACUCUCCGGCCGGACAAGCAGCUCUUUUUUCCUUGUGUACAUAUUUUAUUUCAUUAGUGUCCAUGUUCAAUAGCUACCAGGUCCCACCUAUGUUGAUCCAUUCUGGACCACCAGAUGUCGAUCUCGGGUUUGUGAACGUGGAUGCGGUGCUUGCGGCUGUGAUGUGCGUAGCGCAGAAGGGAGGAGAGGGUGCGCAAGGGCUUGGCCCCGGGCUGCGCUACGCGGUGGGCUGUCUUUGCUGUAUUCUGAUAGCUACUGAAGGCGCCCACUUACACAUACUGCCAGUCUUGGCUGGGAAGCUUCUGAUUCUUCAUCAAGACAUCCUCUCACAGGUAGCGUACUGUGCAUUAAUAGAUAACGAUCUAGAAUCGGUGCCCAACUCGGAUGUUUUUCUACUCUCUAUCCUGGCUCAAACCAGAGGUGUGGCGGCAAUAAAUGCCCACGCAGAGAACUUGAUAAGCUACUUUGAAAAGCGGUACUCCUCAGCAGCAGAACCGCUACCUAUCACAGUGAUAGAAUCUUUAUUACAUUUGUUUUUCACCGUCAAAGAUGACCAACUUGCGGCGCUGGAGUAUAUAUCAAAGCUUCUCACCUUGCUUCCACUGGACUACCUGUUGUUGUCGCCAUCUGUAGGUCUUGUCAAGGCCGCAUUAGACUUCUGCCGUUCUAUCAAAGUCGAUCAGUCAUUCAGUCUUCAACAAAGGACCGUAUUCGAGAAAUUGGCUUGCUCAGGGACUAGUGGGCUGAUUUUGAGCGAGCUACUGAGCAGAUAUCACUAUCAACAGGCGUUAUCAGUAACUCAGCACACCUCAUGCUGGUGCUCCAUGAUGGAGACACCGGAGCCCUCUCAUCACAUUGCCCAGCUUCUUCUUCAAGCGUACGCAGAAACGGAUGAUCCCUUAGCGCUGACGGCAUGCCUUAUUUCACCCACCACUUCUUUUGUGAAAGCAAUAACCAUCAUAGCGGUGAUCGCAAGUGCUGAGAGUGUUGACAUGUUCAUCAAAUGCCAUAGAUCUCUGUGCUAUAUUUUUGAGUUUCUGCUUUUUUGCGCCACACCAAGCGAUGGGAUAUCUGUACAGGAACGUAUUAAGGUCGCCAUACAGGUACUCAUAACUCUUCUUACGAGUGGACCACACCAGCACUUGAUCCCGUUUGCACUUCGGUCGGUUGGCUCAAGCCUUGUCCAGCGGGUCGCUAAGGAGAGUCCAAGGGAGUUUCGCGCAGCAAUACAGCCACUAGAGAGGGAAAAAGUCAUGAUGCUUCGAAAUUUCAUGGAAACAUCGGUAGUGUAG